AUGUGCUCGGCUUAUAUACAUACCGAUCAAAAUGAUCAGUAUCUUGGUAAAUCAGGUGAUCAUAAUUGUCAUUUACCAGUGCCGGAAACAAUUGAACUGAGUAUCUUUAAAGAGAAGGUAAAAGAACGGAUUGUAAAAGAGACGGUUGCAAUCGGAAAAAUUUAUGAUAAUGAGUUGGCUUCAGCUACUCUUAGUGAAGCUGCUCUUGCACUUGCUUCAUUGCCAAAUGAGGCUAAAUCAUCACUCAAUCGUCUAAGACGACAAAAAACACCACCAUUACCGAAAUCAUCUAUUUUUAACGUACCCGAUGCCUACUCAAUUAUAACUAAUGGUGCAUCAUUUCUCUUUAGCGAUAUAUUAAAACAUCCAAAUGUAUGGGCAUUUAUCAACUUACUGAAAGAUGAAGAAGUCCAUUUUCAACAACUGCUUAUACAUACCAAUUCCGGCAAGUUGAAAAAAGAUUCACAAAAAACAUGUGUAAUGCAAAAUAAACUCAAUCAAUUACGAAAACGUUACGGCGAUGGAAUAAUUCAAUUAUCUGAAUAUCAUUAUCAGUUAUCAUUAUUAGUCGGUAUGAAAUCACAAUAA